AUGUCGGGCGGAGUGGAUUCUUCCGUGGCAGCAUUGUUAUUGGCACAACAAGAUUAUGACUUGUCUGCAGUGUUCAUGAGGAACUGGGACACCAGAGACGAAUCUGGAUCCGACAGGGGCUGUGAAUGGGAGAAAGAUUGGGAAGAUGUCCAACGAGUGUGCAAGAAACUCGAUAUUCCAUGCUCCAUGAUUGACUUAUCACGAGAAUACUGGAAUCGAGUAUUCGAACCCUCUCUCCAACAAUGGGAAUUGGGGACAACCCCGAAUGCGGAUGUCUGGUGUAACCGGAAGGCUGAAGACAACAGAGAGAUCAAGUUCGGCGCUCUUUUGGAACGUUUACCUCCAGACAGCUCUGGCCAAAGGCCUUGGUUCGCGACAGGUCACUACGCUCGCAAGACAUGGUCUGAAGGGCCAAAUGCACGACCCAAACUCGUUCGCCCAGCAGACGGACACAAGGACCAAACUUAUUAUCUAUCCUCCAUCUCCGAGUCCGGCCUUCAACGUGCUCUCUUCCCCAUCAACCACCUCCAGAAGCCCCAGGUCCGCGAACUCGCUCAAAAGCACGACCUGCACAACGCACAGCGACCGGACAGUGUUGGCAUUUGCUUCGUUGGAGAGAAGGCCAAGUUCCACAACUUCCUAUCUUGCCCAGCCAAUUACAUCCCUGCACAAAAGGGCCUCAUCAUCGACGAGACAACGGGAAAGGUUCUUGGCAAACACCAAGGACUGUGGAACUAUACCAUUGGCGAAGGCUCCCGCCUUCCUGGCAUGCCAACCCGAAUGGCCGUCUCUCGAAAGGAUCCUUCAACCAACACUAUCUACCACGAAUCCCUCUACACCAAUGUGAUUAACGUUCCCGAGUUCACUUGGAUUUGGAGCGACUCGGUCCCAACAGAACUCGACACUCCCGAGGGCUUCCGGGCAUCCGUGAUGCAUCGUUACCGUAUGAAGGCUGUACCAUGUACAGUUAGACGUUCUAGUGGUCAAGGGGUGACGGUCCAAUGUGACGACCUGGAGCAAGCUGUGACACCCGGCCAAGUCGCGGUUCUUUACAGUGACGAUUGGUGUCUAGGCUGUGGAGUGAUAGCUUCAAGCGAAUUGGUUCAGUGA